AACGUUCGUCCGGCAAUGGCAACUGCUCCAAAACAGGGUACAGUCCUGGUGAUUCAAAUAGCCAGUAUCAACUGACCGUCGUCGACGAUAUUAUGGUCGUCAUCUACCUGAUCGCUUUGCAAUUAGUUUCACUUUUUUCCGGCAUGGUAUAUGCCAAGGCGCUGUUCGGCACAAACGAUCGGUCAGACAAGUCAGCUGAUACGUGGCCACAUGAUUCCGAACACAUAGCAUUCAAACUGUCAAACGUCAAAUAUCAACUACUGUCGCAAAUAACUGGAGUUAAUUUCGUCUGGAUCACACUAUCGCUAUCAAGCGUAUGUGCAAUUAUGAUUUGUUUCACGAUUCGCGCUAAGCUGGCAAAGAAAUUCAGCUGGAAACGUAGUCAAAAACAGAAUACAAGAAGCUCAUCUCUCAGUCAGUCUGUAAGCUCACGUGACGUGAAGGAGGAGCAUUCAUCUCAUGGAAAACGAAGCAACCCAGCUGUCUUCCCUCACCCGACACCGUUCGUAUCAGUCAAGCACGAAGCCUGUCCUCGUAGCAUCAGCCAGUUCUCGUGCGUUCGAUCCGACGUGUCCACCGAACGGCAAUCCAGUCAGCCCAACAGCCUAUGUCCGUGUACCAGUUUGGACUAUUCAACAGGCGAAAGUGGCUACGAGACCAUAGACCGACCCACGGCGACAAAUACUUCAGCAGAAACUGUGAACGAGUAUCAUCAUUCAUUUUCGUCCCCUCGUAAAUGGCUUCAACGACGUUCGAAACUGGAUUCAUGGGUUGUACGAGCAACACGUCGUUUUCGAAGGGCGCAACAUCCUUUUCAUGAAGGUGUCAGCCCAGCCGCAGCUCUGUCCGCCGCAACGAAACCGUGCAACAUAAAGGAAGACCACCUCUCAGAAGGACUGGCCUUCUUCAACCAUGGUUGGAAGGACGGAGAUAGUGACCAGGUGGUCGAAGACUGCGCGAAAGUCAGUGACGUGUUCUAUGAUGGUCGUGCGCCCACAACCGUACCCGACGCCUGUAAACUUCCGUUCCCUGAAGCGUCGGACCUACCAUCAGAGGAGGACGCAACCAGCCUAGUUUCAUCGAGCGAUAUCAUUGAUCCUAUUUACAGCAAGAUUCGUGGGUCGAUGGGUGAACUUUCUGAAGAACAGCUCGAUGAACUGUUUGAUACGGAAUCACAAGAGGAAAGCAAAACCGUAUGGUGUGAUAGCUGUUGGACACGACACUACACUGGAAGCCAAGCAAGUUCGCAUAUCUCGGCUCACCCCAGUGAUCACAUCUAUUACGAACUGCGCAAGCCUCGUGCCGAUGUUCGACCAGUUCACCCAUCAUGUGAUAGUUCCGUCUGGAGUAUCCGAGCUGUCGACCGUUCUGGUCAGCAACGCCGUCAUCAACAUCAUUCUCAAAAGUCGAAUUCCAGCUCACGGCCGCAAUGCGACACGCCUCCCCAGCUACCCGCUCGACUGUAUGGACAGAGUACGGUGAACUUGGUCGAUCGGUUACGGAAUCUACUCCAACCGAGAACAUCAAGGCUUGCUUCACCCACAAGAUUGCUACGCGCAUCCGCCGCUCAGAAGGCAGCCACCAUGUCCGAUAUUCUGGAUUCUCCACGGUCUGACGGACUACUGUUGUCUCCGUAUUCACUGACCAACAUGCUGUGCAGAAAACCCAAAGCCGGAUCCUCGUCAAAACUUUUCGAUCUCCCCUCAUCGGAUCAUCUAACGUGUCUGUCCAUUGUCCAGAAAUCAAGACCCAAAUCAGACAAAGACAACUGCCAGAUGACUGAGGGACAUCACCGCGAAUUCAAACUCAGUCUGUUGGAUCAGAUCGCGAAACUUGAGACUGGACAAUAUCCGAAUGGAAUUUUCAGCUCAGAAAAAUCUAAAUGGUCUCCCAUUUUGAAGCGAACCAGAGCAAACUCUUCGGCCAGUUCGACUUACGCGAUCGAACUAGUAACAUCACGUUGGUCGGAGGUCGCCGCUGCAGAUCCCAUGGCGAGCAUUCGCCACAUCGACAGCGAACUUGAUAUCUCGGAUGCAGCACGCUGCCAGAUUACUGACAUGCCGUCUACAUCACAGCUCGGCCCCUCCAGGCACAUCUACCUUCCAAGCAACCCAGUUCCUCUCAGUCGUUCAAGCGGAAGUACGACAAGGAGCCCUUACAAGCACAAUCUUCAUCCGCCGGUCACACCACGGCGAGCGUGGUCUCCCGUGGACAAAGUCGCACCUGGCAACACCUUCGCACCCCCAGUGACCAUGUCUCCUUUGAUGGAACGUUCCAUGGAAGAUGAUGAGACCAGGCACCUACUUCGUCUUCGAUAGUUCCAUGAAGAAUCCAUCUUUGAUAUACUUAUCCUCGUUACAGAUGGGCUAACUUUGUCGGUUCACGUUCUCCACCAAACCUGCAUUUCUGGCCCACCGGUGCAGGGCAGACUGACUUUUACCUUAUUGGCCCAAGGUGUUUUUAGAUUGGGCAUUUUGCAUACAUUUGUA